AUGGAUAUCGAAAGAAAAGUAAAUCUUGGUGAAGGAGUCCCUUUAAACUCUUCAGGACCUAAUAUUUUUUUGAACACGAAUAAAAAUAAAGUAAACGACGGCACUGUUAUUCAUCUGAAUACAGAAAAGCCGUCGGACGUAGGUUUUCACUUCAACACGACCUUCUCGAUCGCAUCUUCAAUGAAACUAAAGUUUAUAUUUGUUCUAAACUUUAUACUUAGUGUCAUAUCUUUAUUAUUAUGCUGCUCAAUUGCGUUUUACUACUGGAACGAAUCUACAUCGAUGAAAAGACAGCUAGACAGCUUAAAAGAACAGUUUCUCGUUCAAAAUCUAAAAGAGGGAGAGCUGCUCAAAGCUGUUCAGAGCCCAUUGAUAUCAAAGUUAAGACCAAUUCAGAUGAAGGGACAUGAGGCCCGUGAGGGUCGUAUGGACUUCGAGAAUAGCGAAUUAUCGUCAAACGCAAGGAGAUACUAUGUUGAGAACCUUGGUGAAGAUAUGUUACUUGUAGACUCUAGUAAAAAGAACCCUAGUCAUGAUAAACUUCCUACAUAUGAUUUAGCAAUGUUCAAAAAAGAACCUUUAAUCGCACAUUUUAAUGGAGCUAUGAGAGAAAAAUACAUGGGUACUCAAUCAUUAAUCGGGCCAUGGGUCCGGGACGUUGAAGUCUCUUCGAAGAGCAGCGAGUUACAGAUAGAACUAAACACUAAUUAUUUUACUAUCAAAGAAAGUGGCGUAUAUUUAGUUUAUGCUCAGAUAGUGUAUUUAACGCAUACACCAAAUUGUUAUUUUAUAUGGGCGCGACAACCAUCAGGUGAACCUCGUUUGGUCACAACAUGUGCAACUGGGGAUGACUCGAGCACUCGGCCUCUAGACAAGUCUCAAAUCUCUUGCUCAGUCCAAACUGUUACCCGACUAUACAAAGGAGACACGGUAAAUAUUGCUCAAAGAGAACAAAACCGAACGCUAUGGCUUCGACCGGGUUAUACUUACUUUGGUUUUAUUAAACUUAGUUCCUAAUAUGG